AUGUCAUCAAGUGGGCCCUAUAAUUAUUCAUAUAUCUUCAAGUAUAUCGUCAUUGGUGAUAUGGGAGUUGGCAAGUCUUGUUUGCUACAUCAGUUUACUGAAAAGAAAUUUAUGGCCGACUGUCCGCAUACCAUAGGUGUUGAAUUUGGAACACGAAUAAUCGAAGUGAGCGGACAAAAAAUCAAACUCCAAAUUUGGGAUACAGCCGGCCAGGAGAGAUUCCGAGCAGUUACUCGUUCUUAUUAUCGAGGUGCUGCUGGUGCACUCAUGGUUUAUGACAUUACAAGACGAUCGACUUACAAUCAUUUAAAUAGCUGGCUCAUGGAUGCUAGGUCUCUUACGCAUCCAAAUACGGUAGUAUUUCUGAUCGGAAAUAAGAGUGAUUUGAAUGGACAGAGAGAUGUUACAUAUGAAGAAGCUAAAGCUUUUGCUGAUGAAAACGGUCUUACAUUUUUGGAAUGUUCGGCUAAAACCGGUGAUAAUGUGGAAGAUGCAUUCCUGGAUACUGCACGGAAGAUUUAUCAAAAUAUUAAGGACGGCAGCCUUGAUUUGAAUCAAGCUGAUACUGGUGUCCAACCAAAACAAAAUUUGCAAUGUGGCACACAGUCAGUUGGGCCAGAAGGAAGGAAUUGUAAUUGUUAG